AUAGAUAGAAGCUGGUGCGAUGGUUGGCUGUGAGAACAGAAACCAGCAGAGCCCUUCACUUCAGCUCAGCCUCUGGGAGUCAGAGGUCGGAACCGAACAUGGACGCCGGGCAAUUCGUCAUCCCGAUCCUCGGCAUCGUCGGCGCCGCGGCCGCGACCUUCUACGCCGUCAGCUUCAUGGAGAUCCGGGAGAAAUCGCUGGAGGACCUGGACGACAAGUACUCCGAGUACGAGGAGGGCGGCGGGCGGCAGCGCCGGGCACGGCGGAAGUCCGGCCGCCAGGCGAAGAAGCGAAAAUGAUUGACGGAUACGCCGUCAGCCUGAGAAAUAAAGAGGAUGCGCGUGUGGCCUCUGUAUUGAUGUUCAUCACUUCCCCUUUUUUUGUUAGCAGCUAAUCACAUCUACGUUCGGUCCAUAGCCAAAGGAAAUGUGCACUGUUCACUGCUGCUAGGCUUUUUGGCCCUGCACUUGCAUUCAGCGGUUAUGCUUUUGAGCCACACUUCUCUCAGCUGCGCAUGCUGAUUUUGAAAUUGUUUCAUGCAGUGUCAAACAUGGAUUCAUGUGAUCAGGGAAUGCUAGUUUUUUGGUAAA